AUAUCAAGUUGGAGGUAAUUUGUUCUCUGUAUGUGUGCCUGUAAUAAUUAACUUUGGAAUGAUAUGAAAGGUGGAAGAGAAAAGUCCAUGAGUUCUUGUUUUAUUAAAUGGUCGGCAUCCAACAGAUACAAUCCUCCGAGGGUUCGGGAUGAAGAAUAAGGGACAAGCAGAUGGCCCGCCUUUGAGCGAUGGAAUCUCUAGGAAAGAAACAGAAAAUGUAUGUUUGAAGCGGGAGCUGGGGCUGCCCAGUGCUGUGUCACUGAUCGCUGGCACCAUGAUCGGCUCAGGAAUCUUCAUGUCUCCCCAAUGGGUCCUUUACCAUAUGGGAAGUCCAGGGGCCAGUCUGUUAAUCUGGGCUUCAUGUGGCUUGCUGGCAAUGUUGGGGGCAUUAUCCUAUGCUGAGCUGGGUACUGUUAUUAAAGAGUCUGGAGGGGAAUACAUUUAUAUUUUAAGGACCAUUGGACCACCGCUGGCUUUUCUCCUUGCCUACACCUCUGUCAUUGUGGUAAGGCCAGCUGGCAUUGCCGGAAUCUCCUUAAGCUUUGCAGAGUAUGUUGUGGCUUCUUUUUAUCCAGACUGCCCAUCACCAACUAUUGCUGUGAAGUGCACUGCUGCUGCAUGCAUCCUAGUCUUGAGCAUCAUCAACUGCCUCAAUGUCAAGCUGUCCACCUCCAUAAUGAACAUAUUCACCACUGCCAAACUGUUGGUGUUGCUUCUUAUAAUAGUGGGUGGCAUGGUAUUACUGGCCAAGGGCCACACUCAGGGCUUGCAGAAUGCCUUUGACAACACAGCCACAGGUUUUGGUCCUGUAGGAGUGGCAUUUUACCAAGGACUUUGGUCUUACGAUGGAUGGAACAACCUUAACUACGUGACGGAGGAGCUGAAAAAACCUGAGGUGAAUCUCCCUCGAGCUGUAAUGAUUGCCAUCCCGUUGGUCACCUGCUUGUACCUGUUGGUCAACGUCAGCUAUUUUGCAGCUAUGACCCCGCGAGAACUUCUCUCUUCGGAUGCCGUCGCUAUCAGCUGGGGAGUGAAGCUGCUUGGCACUUGGACAUGGAUAAUAUCCCUGGGUGUCGCACUCUCUACGUUCGGCUCAGCAAAUGGAACCUUCUUUACUGGGGGCCGUUUGUGCUUCGUGGCAGCGAGAGAAGGGCAUUUGCCAGACGUCUUGUCCAUGGCCCAUGUGAAACGCCUCACCCCCGCCCCCGCUCUCAUAUUCACCACCGCCAUCUCUUUAAUCAUGAUCAUACCUGCAGACUUCAGCAGCAUUGUGAAUUUUUUCAGUUUUACAGCCUGGCUGUUCUACGGUAUAACCAUCUCCGGGCUCCUGUACAUGAAGAUAAAGAGACCGGACCUUCCCCGGCCAUAUAAGGUUCCCAUUGUGAUUCCGAUCAUUGUGCUGAUUGCAUCAGUGUACCUGGUCCUGGCGCCCAUCAUUGGAAGCCCCCAGCUGGAAUACCUUUACGUGGUGCUAUUUAUUCUCAGCGGACUCAUUGUCUACAUUCCCGUGGUCCAUUACAAGUGGUCUCCAAAAUGGUUCCGAUCAGUUACUCUCCAGCUUCAGCUUCUGCUUCAGGUUGUGCCAACGAAUAAAAACGACUGAGCUGAUGCCAGGGACUGUGACUUCUGUGGUGUCAGAGGGAUGUUUACUCUUCUACAUAACGAAAAUAAAAGUGUGCCCCCUUGAGAAUAAAAGCAGGAUUGCCCAAAAGCAGACAGAAUUCAGGAAAAUGUAAUCUUUCAUCCAAUGGAAUGGGUUUCCUCAUUACUAGUAGUGCUCAAUGUCAGGCUGGGGCGCCUCAUCCCCACCAGUGAAACUGAUGCUAAAGCUCCACAGCCUGAGAGAAGCAAUAAGCUGAAUUUAUGAAACACGCACAGAGGCAUAUGGCUUCCUAUUGGCUGCUCACAUUGGAAGCUGAGACUGACACUUGGAACCAAGAAGCAAAGACCAUCAGCAUGGACACCCUAUGUAGAAUGAGUGAAGUGAGCAGACAAUCAAAAUGUAAAUUUUAGUAGGAAUUAAUAUUGCCCAAAUGCAGAUAAAAAUGAUUUUUUUUUGAGUGAAACUGCUCCUAUAUCAGUCAGCAGACCCCGAUUGGCAAUCUGAAUAUCCUAGAGGGGCUGCUUUUAGCAGCCAUAGAUCGGCACUUAAAGGGGUGGAUUACCUUUGUGUUAACCUUUAGUAUGUCAUACAAUGACUAAUCCUAAGCAACAUUUCA